GUCGCCGCCGAGGGGCCGCGCGCGCGCGCGCACCGACCCGGGCCCCCCGCUUCCCCGCCCGCACCCCGCGAUCGACCGCGGCCCGGGAGCCGAGGGUGAUGUGGGCCGGGGUCCUGGCGCCCCUCUGGGGCUGGGCGGCCGCGCUGGGGGUGCUGUGCGCCCCCGCCCUGCAGGCGUUCAACCUGGACGUGGACAAGCUCACGGUGUACAGCGGCCCCGAGGGCAGCUACUUCGGCUACGCUGUCGACUUCCACCUACCUGCGGCGCGCGCGGCCAGCGUCUUGGUGGGGGCGCCCAGAGCCAACACCAGCCAGCCUAACAUCGUGGAAGGGGGAGCCGUGUACUACUGUCCCUGGCCCGCCCAGGGCUCGGCGCGCUGCAGGCAGAUUCCGUUUGACGUGACCAACAACCGGAAGAUCAGAGUUAAUGGGACCAGGGAACCCAUCGAAUUUAAGUCCAAUCAGUGGUUCGGAGCCACCGUUAAAGCUCACAGAGGCAAAGUGGUGGCCUGCGCCCCUCUGUAUCACUGGAGAACUCUCAAGCCCACGGCCGAGAAGGAUCCAGUCGGCACCUGCUACGUGGCGAUUCAGAAUUUCAGCGCCUAUGCUGAGUACUCUCCGUGUCGCACCAGCAACGCUGAUCCCGAAGGCCAGGGCUACUGCCAAGCAGGGUUUAGCCUGGAGUUCUACAAGAAUGGAGAUCUCAUCGUGGGAGGACCUGGAAGUUUUUAUUGGCAAGGUCAAGUGAUCACUGCCAAUAUUGCAGAUAUAAUUGCAAAUUACUCAUUCAAGGAUAUCCUAAGGAAACUGGCUCGAGAAAAACAGACAGAAGUGGCCCCAGCUUCCUACGAUGAUAGCUACCUCGGAUACUCAGUUGCAGCUGGGGAAUUCACUGGGGAUUCUCAGCAAGAAUUGGUUGCUGGAGUUCCAAGAGGAGCCCAGAACUUUGGAUACGUUUCCAUCAUUAACUCCACAGAUAUGACCUUCAUUCAGAAUUUCACUGGUGAACAGAUGGCCUCUUAUUUUGGAUAUACAGUCGCCGUGUCAGAUGUUAAUAAUGAUGGGUGGGACGACAUACUGGUCGGGGCUCCUCUCUUCAUGGAGCGGGAGUUUGAGAGCAACCCCAGAGAAGUAGGGCAGGUGUAUCUGUUCCUCCAAGUGAGCCCGCUCCUCUUCAGAGACCCGCAGGUGCUCGUCGGCUCCGAGGUUUUCGGGAGAUUCGGAAGCGCGGUGGCACACCUGGGAGACCUCAACCAGGAUGGAUACAACGACAUUGCCAUCGGCGUCCCUUUCGCAGGCAAGGAUCAGAGGGGACAAGUGCUCAUUUACAACGGGAACAAGGACGGCUUAAACCCCAAGCCUUCCCAGACUCUGCAAGGAGCCUGGGCCUCCCGGGCUGUCCCUUCCGGAUUUGGCUUUACUCUGAGAGGCGACUCAGACAUAGACAAGAACGAUUACCCAGAUUUAAUUGUGGGUGCAUUUGGAAUAGGAAAAGUAGCUGUUUACAGGGCGAGGCCGGUGGUGACUGUGGAUGCUCAACUCCUGCUGCACCCAAUGAUCAUCAAUCUGGAUAACAAAACCUGCCAGAUAGCCGAGUACCCAGCCCCCGUGGCUUGCUUUUCUUUAAGAGUGUGUGCUUCCGUCUCCGGCCAGAGCAUCUCCAACACCAUCGGCCUAACGGCUGAGGUGCAGUUAGAUUCUCUGAAGCAGAAGGGGGCGAUUAAAAGGACACUCUUCCUGGACAACCACCAGUCCCAUCUGGUCUUCCCACUCCUCGUCCAGCAGCGGAAAUCCCUUCAGUGCCGGGCCUUUGUCGUCUACCUCCGAGACGAAGCUGAAUUCCGAGACAAAUUAUCUCCCAUCAACAUUACUUUGAAUUACAGUUUGGACGCCUCCACCUUUAGGGGAGGUCUGGAAGUGGCACCGAUCCUGAAUUACUACCGGGACAGCACCAUCAGUGAGCAGGCUCACAUCCUGGUCGACUGCGGGGAGGAUAACAUGUGCAUCCCGGACCUGAAGCUGUCUGCGCGACCAGAUAAGCAUCAGCUCAUCAUCGGAGAUGAGAACCACUUGAUGCUCACCAUCAAUGCAAGGAACGAAGGCGAAGGAGCCUAUGAAGCCGAGCUCUUCGUGAUGAUUCCGGAAGAGGCUGACUAUGUGGGCAUUGAACGUGGCAGCAAGGCACUGCGAGCCCUGAGCUGUGAGUACCGGAUGGACAACGUGAGCAGGAUGGUGGUGUGCGACCUGGGCAACCCCAUGGUGGCAGGAACGAAUUAUUCUCUGGGCCUCCGAUUUACAGUUCCACAUCUGGAGAAAACAAAUACGAGCAUUAACUUCAACCUGCAAAUCAGAAGUUCCAACAAGGACAACCCUGACAGUAAUUUUGUGGAUCUGCAAAUCAACAUCACUGCUGUAGCUCAAGUGGAAAUCAGAGGGGUGUCCCACCCUCUGCAGAUUGUCCUGCCCAUUCACAACUGGGAGCCCGAAGAGGAGCCCCACACAGAGGAAGAAGUUGGCCCUUUGGUGGAACAUAUUUAUGAGCUGCAUAACAUCGGACCAAGCACCAUCAGCGACACAGUUCUGGAGGUAGGCUGGCCGUUCUCUGCCCGCAACGAAUUUCUCCUCUACAUUUUCCAUAUUCAAACUCUGGGACCUCUGCAGUGUCAAACACAUCCUGAUAUCAACCCAGAAGACAUUAAGCCUGCUGCCGCCCCGGAGGAAGCCCCCGAGCUCAGCGCCUUCCUGAGCAACUCCACCAUCCCUCAUCGCAUCAGGAAGAGAGACACGCCGGUGCUGGAGGCCCAGAGGCAGAACCCCUCAAAAAUCCUGAAUUGCACAAAUAUCGAGUGCUUACAGAUUUCCUGCGCAGUCAGUCGUCUCGCAAGAGGAGAGAGUGUGGUCCUGAAAGUCCGAUCCCGGCUCUGGGCAGAGACAUUUCUCCAGCGGAAAAAUGACCCCUAUUCUCUUGCAUCCCUGGUGUCCUUUGAAGUCAAGAAGAUGCCUUAUAAAGAUCAACCAGCCAAACUCCCAGGAGGAAGCAUAGCUAUUAAGACAUCAGUUAUUUGGGCAACCCCAAAUGUUUCCUUCUCAAUCCCGCUAUGGGUAAUAAUACUAGCAAUACUUCUGGGAUUACUGGUUCUGGCCAUUUUGACCUUAGCAUUAUGGAAGUGUGGAUUCUUUGACAGGUCAAGACCCCCACAGGAGGAUGUGACCGACAGGGAACAGCUGACAAACGAGAAAACCCCGGAUGCCUGACAGGCAACACCCAAGACCAAAAAGAACUCAAGCUCGAGUCCUGUUCAAAGGAAAGAAGGAAUGGACAGAUGGACGAACAGAUGGAGGGACAGACAGACAGACAGUUGGGUGCAGCACAGGGGGUGCCCAUACCCGCAGGUGAGCCCAAACCCGCAGGGCCACAUGGCCCCUGGAGACUCUCAGCACUUCCAGGAGCCAAUCCUGAGGUGCUCGCACUUCCCCCUGCAGGGAAGGCGUAUCCUGGACACCACAGACUGACUCUGCAGUUGUGGCUGACUCUUUCGCUCUUAGCAGCCUACUUUGGCAGACGCUCUUGGUAUGGGCACCAAGCUUGCUUUCCAGGUAAACCCAACUCGCCAAGGUGAAAUGGCUGAGUGAUACAAGACUUCUGAAGGUGAACUAGGACGGAAGCUUCCAAUACUACUGUAUCCCGUGGAAUUCUCUCACACCUCCCGACGAAAAACAAGCAUUGCGGAUGACCCUCCGGCUCAGGGAGAUAAGCCUAUGUUGUUGGUACUGUGAAAGUACUUUUGAAACGACAAUGAGAAUCUUGUAAGCCAGGAGACCUAUUUAUUUAUUUCCCAUUUCUCUAGGCUGACCGAAGCCAUCUAGGAUCUGAAUUUGAUGUGGCUAGCUAGUUCUCAAACCCGCUCCCUAAGUGUCCUUCUAAGACAAGCAUUGUGUCCAGGUAAAUAAACAGAGCUGCUUGGGGAUUUUAGACAGCCUACAAGGAAAAGCAAAAUGGUAUUGGGAGACAGUUUCCCUUCACACCUUGCCGCCUUCUAGUCGAAAUAACAUUUAUUCACACUGUCCAGAGGCUCACAUCUGCUUGAUUUAGCUUUGCACACUUUGCACUAGUAUUUCCUUUUAUUGAAAACAUCAUCUUGGGGCUCACAAGGUAACUUGGGGGGCUGAGCACAGACUGCAUGCAGGAGGCUGGACCUCGACAAGGAGCUAAAGAGUUGCAUCUGUACCCUACGGGUGUGGUGCUAAUGCCAAACAAGGCGAAACAAUUUGCCAUUGACCAAUCCAUAAAUAUCAAGGUCUUCCCGAUCCCACAAAGUGCUUUAAAAUAAUGGUAACAUGUCUAGAAUACAUGUGAAACACCAGCACGAUGUGUGAGUACACGGACGAUUUUUAAUAUCUACAAGAAGAAACUCCAGUAUGUAGCUGAGGAGUAAAUGCUAUACCUCAAUCUGAUAUGCACAGACAAAACUUGGCAACUAUAAACCGGAAGGAAAUAAAGUUAAGCAGAUGUGAGAUAUACCCAGGAAAUGGCUUCCAGAGGACUUUAUUUAGAAUUACCUGUUCUAGCUUUGCUACUCAUUUUGAUGGUUAAUCCUGAUAGUCCAAUAACUUUGUGAAAUAAUCUUUAUCUAAGCUACUCUCCCAUCAUCUUGAAGUUAAUCACCACAAAAACUUGAUGCUUACAACAACAUUUGUAAAUAAUCCAUAGUCAUGUAUAAUGAUGGCAUUUUUGAAGUAAAACUGACCAAAGUCAUAUAUAGUCUGCACAAUUUUGUAUUCUUCUUAUAAUGAUGAAAAAUUACUCUGAUGAAAUGCUGAACAAAAUUUUAUACAUAUGUGCAAUAUUUUAUAGACCUAUGUAUCUAAAGCAUGUUUACACUGGCCUUCAUUAUUUUUAAAUUGAUAUCCUGAAUCUUAAGUAUGAUCAACCAGAACUUUACAAGGUAUUUGGAACAUCUGUAUCCUGAUGUUAAUAAUGACCCUUGAUUUGAAAUGGAGCUGCCCACAGACUCUAUGUAUGAUGUCUUAAACCAGGUGGUUGGCUCCAGUGGAAAACUCCAUGGGAAGUGGCUUCCUGGGCCAUUCCGGUCAGACGGGUGUAGACAGAACACACUGCCCUAGCUGGGGAGUUAACCCCUCUCUAGCAGCGGUGAAGCUGCUGGGAACCAAGUCCAACUCCCAGAAGGCAUUCCUGUCCAUGGGGGAGAACUACACACACCUCGCAGAGUCCGACAGGCCCACGCCAGCCAGUGGGGGCACUAGGUACUAGCUCCGUGGUGGGAUUGGAUUCACAGGGAAGAGACCAGAGGUAUAUAAAAUGUUUAGAGGAAAGCCCUCCCAACAGCCCCCAAGUGAUGCCCUAAUUCUGUCACCAUACCUGAUCUUUGACCCAUAAAGAUUAGUUCCUCUGGGUGUUGUUUUUUUUUUCUUUUUUUUAAAUCAAUCCAGACAUAACAGGUCCCUGAAAGAAACUCACUCAUGGGCUUUUUAAGCAAACACUUGUGAAAGAACUCGGAGCAUUAGACCAGCUCAUUGCAGGGCCCAGAGAGCAGGGCAGAUAUGGGGCAUGGCGGGAGGAAGCGACUCCCAAAUCUGCAAGCCAAAGCAGAGUGUGGGAGCUUCGGAAACAGCCACGCCCUCCUCCUGGCUCCACCGCAAGGGGCUCUGUCCUGGGGGCUGGUACCACUCCCAUAGGCCUUCACAGAGGUCACCUCACUGUCACUCAGAUGUGGAGCCCCAGGGAGGAGGGGAAACUGAGGUCAAGUGAACCCAUCCAUCAGCAGCCUCUCUGUCAGCAACCCCUUUGGCAGCCUCCUCACUGAGAAUGUUCUAGCAAUGCACCAGCCCUGCCUGGUCUCACAACAUUGCAGAUGCUGCCUCACUCCUUUAUGUGCCUUUUAGAGCCUGUCUGUAUUUGAGGCAACCCUUCAGCAUGUUGGAGCUGGUUUCCCAGGUGUGGACAAACAGUGGGCCCCCCAACUUUUAUAAAUGUGGAGAUUUUUAUACAGUGCAACCUGUCUGAGUGGCCCCCCAGACCCCACUCUUGGAAUACGCUCUUUUCUUUUUCCUUAUUUUAUUUAAAUACAUGUGUAUAAAAUGUGUGGAGAUACCCAUGUACCUAUUUACCAUGUCACUAAUAAACAUAAAA